AUGGUGCUGCAACUGGAUUCAGACGGGCAGGCGACCAAAGCCCUCGUCGCUUUGAAGAAACAGUGCAAGUCGGACCCAAAACUAGCCAAUGAUUCCAGCAUCCACAUGAUUAUCAAUACCGUGCGUCCGGUAGGGAUCACGAACGACCACGUCCCUCGUAUCAUUCCAUUACAUUAUAGUACAAUGGGCUCUGUGAGAGAUACCAGGAUCUUGCUCAUCUGUAAAGAUCCUAGCACCCUCUAUCGUGACGCGCUCUUGAAGGAAAAGAGUACUGCUGAGUUAUUCAAAGAGAUCAUCAGCGUCAAGAAGUUGAAGCAGAGGUUCAGAGGAAAGAAGCUAAAGGAGCUAUACAACGAGUUUGACCUUGUUGUGGCAGAUUACAGAGUUCACCACUUGCUACCAAACAUUUUGGGAGCUACCUUUUACCAUUCCAACAGGAAACUUCCGUUCGUUGUCAGAAUGUCAAAGCAGGUGAAGGAAAAGGGCCAGAAGAUGAAAGAGGAAUGUGAUCCCAAGUAUAUCAAGGCACAGGUCAAGUCGAUAUGUAAAAAUGCAUGGUUUUUACCCAACAAGGACAAUUGUCUAAACAUCAAGAUAGGGGAAAUCGACAAGCAUACAGAGGAAGAAAUGAUCGCCAAUGCAGAAGACGUGAUAAACUUCUUAUGUGACAAAACCAAGAAGCCACAAGGUGGGGUUAUAAAGGACGGUAAAAUUGCCUCGGUAUUCGUAAAGACCAGUAAUAGUGUCAGUCUACCGAUAUGGAAGCAACCUGAGCAAGAAGAAAGCGAUGACGAAGAAGAGUUAAAGCUAUGA